CGGGCGGCUUCUUCGAUGGCCAAGUUCGUGCUCGCAGGUAAGGCAGAUUGCCCCUACUAUGCUAAAGCAGAACUCCUAGCUGACUAUUUGCAGACAAAUUUGCCUCACUUCCGGGUACAUAAGAUUACUCAGCAUCCUGACAACUGGGAGAAAUGGCUUCAGGAGAUCUGUGAAAAAAAUGGGUGGAAGCACAAGCACUCCCCGAUUAUUUGGAGAGAAUUGUUGGACCGUGGAGGAAAAGGUCUUCUUCUGGGAGGAUUUAAUGAUUUCCUAGAACAUGCUCAGCAUUACUACAAUAUCACAUCAGACAUGAUGACUGCAGAGAUGCGUCAAAUAGCUGAGGAGAACUUGCAGACUCACAUUGAAGUUGAGCAAGAGGAGAAGGAACUUGAGAGCCUUGUCAGCCCCUUACACAUUUGGAUCAACAGAGCAGCUGGUCAUAUCUGUUAUCACUUGAUCCCUUUGUUGACCAAUGGAGAAAUAUUUGGGAUGGAAACUGAAGUCAGCCUGCAUUUGCUAGACAGAAGCAACUGCAAAGGAGUUCUUCCGGGCGUCGUGAUGGAGGCGGAAGACUUGGCAUCUCCUCUCCUUCGUAGUGUCUCUAUGCACACCGAUCUGGACGGGGCUUUUCUUCAGGCUGAUGUAAUUGUUUUGCUUGAUGACAUCCUUCAAGAGACAAUCCCAACGCUGGAAGACUGUAUCCAACAAGUGACCAGCCAGUGUCAAGUCUACGGUCCUCUGAUUGACAAGAACGCCAAAAGUGAUGUCAAAGUAGUGGUGAUGGGGAGAACCUUUUCCAACCUCAAAACGUUAAUGCUUAUCAGGAAUGCUCCAUCCAUUAACCCUCGAAACAUUGUCACGGUAGCUGUGCUGGAAUGUGAAGCCAAGGUCAUGUUGGCCAGAAAGCUGAACAUGCAUUCAGCAGGAGUAAAAAAUCUCAUCAUCUGGGGCAACGUCAGUGGGAGUAGCUUCAUUGAUCUCAGUCACACAGAACUUUAUGAAUACGACAGCGCCAUCUGGGGACCACCGAGCUUUUCCCGUCCCGUGCUGGAUGUUCUGUUCGAUCGUCAAUGGUUGCACUCUGAAUUUGUGGCUUCGCUGAGCUCCCUGAGUUCUUGGGGGCACCACUGCUUAGGCAUGGCACCGGCACACGUCAUUGCAACGGUGCUGAGAUACUGGUAUCGGGACUCCCCCCCAAACGAGAUCAUCUCUCUAGGAGUCAUCAGCGAAGGUCAGUUUGAGCUUCCUGAAGGGAUUGUCUUUUCCCUGCCUGUGAAGUUCCAGAACGGCAGUUGGAAGGUCGUUACAGAACUAGACGUUAGCAAGAAAAAUCGAGAAUAUCUUCAGAUUUUAGCCCUUGAUCUGAUUCGGGAGAAGGAAGUUGCAUUAGGGGAAGCAAUUGAACUAUAUACAAAAAGACGAGAACUCGAAAUUUCGUCCACUGGCCAAGUCACCUUGGAAGAACCUAGCGCCGAAGUGACUGAAGGGUCACCUGAUGAGUCGAAAGAGGCAAAGAGCCCUGAAGAAGAAAAUAUUGAAGAAUCUGCAAAUGUUCCUGAAGUUUCAUCUAACCAUGAAAUCAACGUGAGCGAUCUAGAAUGA